UUUCCCUUCCCUUCUCUCUCUCUCUCUCUCUCUCUCUCUCUCUCUCUCUCUCUAAAACCCCCAAACCCCUCCUUCACUUUCUCUCUCUAGAAAUGGUACCACUUGACCCCUCGGCCUGCCUCGUCGACGACCUCCGCCACUUCCUCUCCGACGUCGCCGACCACGACGCCCGCCCCGAAGAUCCCUCCCGCCCUCUAAUCCCAACUGAGGAAGCAGAAGAAGAGCUGGAGUGGAUAUCGAACAAGGACGCAUUCCCGGCGGUGGAGACGUUCAUCCUUUCGGAGCAGGUAAGCGGCAUUGCGAAGAACCAGAGCCCGGUGUCGGUGCUGGAGAACAGCAGCACAAACAGCAGCAGCGCCUGUCUUAUGAGCUCGUGCGGGGGGCUAAAACCGCCGCACCGAGCGCGAACCAAAGGCCGACGCAGGCGGAGCGAGAUUCCGCCGCAGCAGCUCUUUUGGAACCAGGCUCCCAUUGAGAGCAGCAAACCCAGCAGCAGGAGUGGUGGCAGUGGCAGUGGCAGUGCCAGCAAGCUGGAUAUGGGGAGGAAAUGCAUGCAUUGCGGGACGGAUCAGACCCCGCAGUGGCGGAUGGGUCCACACGGGCCUAAAACGUUGUGUAAUGCGUGUGGGGUGAGGUACAAGUCGGGGCGGCUGUGCCCCGAGUACCGCCCUGCGAGUAGCCCGACGUUCUUGAGCGAGAUGCAUUCGAAUUCCCACAGGAAGGUGUUGGAGAUGAGGAAGCAGAAGUAUGGUGUGGGGAUGGUUGUGAAGCCUGAGGACAAAGGUUAGGCUCUUGUGUAAUAGUUAUUUUCCGUUUUUUUGCUUGUUUAGUUUUUACUGCUAAUUUUAGUGUAGUUGUAGGAGGUAGUAGGAUUGUUGUAGCGGUGGGGGGUUAGGAUUACUUAGAUUGUUAGAAGAAGAACUUUGUUUUGUUGAAUAGAUCACUGCUAGAGGGUUUUUUUUUUGAAGUUAUUGUGUUUUUGUUGUUAUGUAGACCUAACCAUAUCUUUGAAUUUUUCGCCAAAUUUUGAUUCUUUUUGCUCUGUUUCCUGAAUUUGGAUGUGAUG